AUGCCACCUGUGGUUAAGCGCCCCCUUUGGUCGUACUUUACGCCUGCGACAUUUGCGAGCACACUUCACCGCACGGCAUAUCACACUCCCAAGCUUAUGUUUGGCGUAGCGGCUGCUGCUAUUCUCGCCAAACAAUCGUACUAUCGUGGUUCACUUGCAGAUGAGGAGGAAAACACAUGUGACCGCAUUGAGCGUCGCGCGUAUGUUGCGCUUCCAGACGGGCGGAUGGCACUUGUGUAUCCAAUCAUUGACACGCAACUGACUCCCACAAGGGCUCUACUUUCCCUUUUCGACAUGAUGAACCCAUUGCCGUAA